GCUCCAGGCUGCUGCAACUUUAGUUUCUUUAUGUUUCAAAGCUGUCAUGUAUCCUGCGGUGAGAACAGCUGCCUUACUGUACACCAGACAGAAAAGAGGUGGAAGACUGGACCAGGAAUACAAAAAGAGGAUGCAAACUAAACUUAAUGAGGAAUCUUUUUAUUUUCUUUUGGCAAUUGUUAGAUAUGACACAAUAAAUAUGAUAUAUUUAAAAAAAAUGUCUGAGGACUCUAAUUUAUCUAGAAACAUUUUAAUUAAAAAAGCUAAAUUCAGAUGAGCUUUUGAAAACUUUUUCUGUUAUCUUUUUGAAGAGGUUGCUGCAGACGUUUCCGUUUUAACCUUCAAAAUAAGGGGUCGAAAAUUAAGCAAAUUGUGAAUACAAACGUAUAUAAAACUCGUGACUUUAGAAACGAGUCUGGUUUAAUACUCGUUCUUACCAAUUUCUCACGGCUUGUUGUUAAGUAUAAGCAAAUAAAUGCUGUUUAAUUUUGUAAAACAAAACAAAAAAUAUUUUGAAAGUCCAAACCGGAAACGGAACUGUACUUAGAAAAGUACACAUAAGUAAAUUUACAUCGAAGUUUGGCUUUAAUUUUCGAAAAUGUGCUUAUUCAAUAUUCUUACAAUGGACUCAGAUGAAAAAACAUUUAAAGUGCACGAAAACAAGUACUAUAGUAAAGUAAUUUCUGAUAGUUUUGAAAUCACAAAAACUGUUGAGUUAAAUUUUCAGUUCACUAGGCCAACCGAGAAUGUAUUAAUGUUUAUUCAAACUAUAUAUUCAAAAUUUAACUUAUACACAUCGAUUAAAACCUUUUCUUUAUGGUAAAUGUGGACACUAAAAAAAGCUCUUUGCGCCAAAGUAAAUAUCCACCUAUUAGAAGUCGUGCUCCAGUUUGUUGCUAGGUAGAUUAUGGUAAUAUAUGCAAUGCAGCCGUCUCUGCAGCUACCAUUCUGAGGUAAGAACUGCUUGUACGUUUUUCGCAAAAUGUAAGAUUACCCAGAAUUCCCGGGCGACAAGUUCCACCACGUUAGUUCAAACGAUUAUUUUUUCAUGAUACAAAUAAAUACGUAGACAGCUGUAGCUCCACCGUACCGGGUAAAAUAUAUGUAACCACUCUGGAAGUAGCCGUUGUUGUUAGUCCCACCCAAAAUGGAGCCCGUUCUUCCUUGUUCGGUGUAGACUUGAAGGGCUGGACUCAACUAGAAAUGGGGGACGGACAUCCCCACUAGUCUCAGGAGGGAAGUGACGUGUUGGCUGCCAUGGAAACCAAGCAGGAGCCAUCAGCUGUGUGGAGUCAGGCUGUCAAUGAUUCAAACAACACCGCACAGGUGCAUUUCGAAGGUGGGACUGUGGCCCAGAUUGUGUAUAGUGGAGAACAGGCGGACAGGGGGGAGCAGCAGGUGGUUUAUACGGCAGAUGGAAACUCCUACACUUCAGUCGAGCCUGCAGAGCACACCCUGGUCUACAUUCACCCUGCAGAUGGCACUCAGGCUGUGUUUUCCGAUCAGCCACAAGUGGCUUACAUUCAGCAGGAUGGGACGACCCAGCAGGUGACUGUCCUGCUGCCUGGUGGACAGAACAUGAAUGCUGCCAACCUGCAUGUUCUCAGUAAUGUGGCUGAGGCUCCACAGGCCAUCCUGGAGCCAGUCUCCGAGGAGCAGCUGUCCAACUCGCUGACGGCGAUGCCCGACAUGGGCGACGCCCCCAGCAGCCCACUUGGAACCGCAGACUCCACAGAUGAUUAUGAAGAAGACGAGGACGAAGACUCGGAAAUGGAUGACUGGGAGCCACGGCAGCUGGAGGCCUUCAACCCUCAAAACCUUUGGUGCGAGGAGUGUAAUAACACCAACCCCUCCGUCUGUUUGCUGCACGGUCCUCUCCAUCCCAUCCACAACCGGCCGGUGUUGUCCAGGGCCAGGGCCAGUCUGCCUCUGGUCCUUUACGUCGAUCGCUUCCUGGGUGGAGUCUUCUCCAAAAGGCGCAUCCCGAAGCGCACGCAGUUCGGCCCGGUCGAGGCGCCGUUGCGUCCGCAGAGUGAACUGCAGGACCACUACAUCCACCUGAAGCUGUGCAAGCUGGAUUCAGAGAAGGACGCUCAGACGUCGGACGACUUGUGGUUGGACCUCUCCGACGAAGACAGCUGCAACUGGAUGAUGUUUGUGCGACCCGCUCGGAACCACCUGGAGCAGAACCUGGUGGCCUAUCAGUACGGAUCCGAUCUGUUUUACACCACUAUCAAAAACAUCCAGCCCAAGCAGGAGCUGAAGGUGUGGUAUGCAGCGUCGUAUGCGGAGUUUGUGAAUCAAAAGAUCCAUGAUGUGACCGAAGAAGAGAUCAAAGUCCUCAGAGAGCAGGAGAAGAACUGGCCGUGUUACGAAUGCAACCGUCGCUUUGUGAGCUCGGAGCAGCUGCAGCAGCACCUCAACAUGCACGACGACAAGCUGAGCUCUGCUUCAAGGUCCAGAGGCCGGGGUAGAGGAAGAGGCAGGAAGAGGUUCGGGACGGGAAGGCGACCGGGACGGCCGCCUAAAUUCAUUCGCUUGGACCCACCUGCGGACGCCAGCGAGGACAAAACAACAGAAAUGCUGGAGCUGACAGAGAAGCCGCUGGAGGAGCGAGAAGAAGGAGCACAGAACGGGCUGAAGGAGGUGGAGACGGAGACGGAGGCGGAGCCUGACGCUGAGGGAGAGGGUCCGCUCGCACCUCCCGCCGGAGAUCCGGCCCCAGAGUCUGCGAUGCCCCCCGCCACCACGAAUGUUCCCCUGAAGGACGACCCGGCACAGGACAGCCAAUCAGAGCGUCACGUCACACCGCAGGACAUGCAGCGGGCGAAGAGAAUACGGAUGGAUGUGCAGAACGCGGCGCUGCAGCACCUUUUCAUCCGGAAGAGUUUCCGUCCGUUCAAAUGCCCCCACUGCGGCAAGGCCUUCCGGGACAAGGACAGGCUGGAGCAGCACCUGCGGGUCCACGGCCGGGACGCCUACAGCUUCUCCUGCCACAUUUGCAGCAAGAGCUUUUUGAGCGACUCCUCGCUGGAGGACCAUCUGCUGCUGCACUCAGAGAACCGCUCCUUCUCCUGCCUCUUAUGCCCCGAGACCUUCGAAAGGGUGGAGCUGCUGAAGGAGCACGUGGAGGUGCACUCUGUCAACGGCUCCUACACCUGUCCGUCCUGCAAGAAGACAUUCAGCGACUUCAUCCAGGUGAAGAAACACAUUCGCUGCUUCCACUCGGAGAAGAUCUUCCAGUGUUCGGACUGUGAAAAGGCCUUCUGCAGACCCGAUAAGCUGCGCCUGCACAUGCUGCGACACUCCGACCGCAAGGACUUCCUGUGCUCCACCUGCGGCAAACAGUUCAAGAGGAAAGACAAGCUGAGGGAGCACAUGCAGCGCAUGCACAACCCCGACCGGGAAGCCAAGAAGGCCGACCGCAUCCACCGCUCCAAGUCGCUCAAGAUGAAAGUCCCCACCACCGACUUCGAGAGCUUCAUGUUCAAAUGCCGGAUGUGCAUGAUGGGGUUCAGACGCAGAGGAAUGCUGGUCAAUCAUCUGUCCAAGCGGCAUCCAGAGAUGCGCAUCGAUGAGGUGCCAGAGCUGACGCUGCCCAUCAUCAAACCUAACAGAGACUACUUCUGCCAGUAUUGUGACAAGGUCUAUAAAAGUGCCAGUAAAAGGAAAGCGCACAUCCUGAAGAACCACCCCGGGGCGGAACUGCCUCCCAGCAUCAGGAAGCUGCGUCCGGCUGCUCCCGGGGAACCGGACCCCAUGUUGAGCACACACACCCAGCUGACCGGAACCAUCGCCACCUCGCCGGUCUGCUGCCCGCACUGUGCCAAACAGUACAGCAGCAAGACAAAGAUGGUUCAGCACAUCAGGAAGAAGCACCCGGAGUUGGCUCAGCUGGGCAGCGGCAUGCAGGCUCCUCUGACCGCCGCCGUGAUCAGCUCCGCCCCUGCAGUCAUCAGUGCAGAUGGCGCCACGGCGGAGGCUGUGGUGACCACAGAUUUGUUGACUCAGGCCAUGACCGAACUGUCUCAAACCCUGACCACAGACUACCGAACGGCGCAGGGUGAUUACCAGAGAAUCCAGUACAUCCCAGUGUCCCAGGCGGGGGGCAGCCUAGCUCAGUCGCAGCACAUCCAGCUGCAGGUGGUACAGGUCGCUCCGGCUUCCUCCCCACAUUCCCAGGCCCCCACAGUAGACGUGAGCCAGCUGCACGACCCCCACGGCUACAGCCAGCAGCCCAUCCAGCUACAACACGUCCAGGUCUCUGAGGCGUCGGGCACCAGCCAAGCCACAGCCCAGGGCACCAGCCGGCCGCUCAGCCCCACCACCCAGCAGGCGAGCCAGGAGCUGACCCCCGUCACCUUAGCCCAGAGUCAGAGCAGCAGCCAGCAGCAGGGGACCGUGCAGCACACCUACAUACCUGGAAACUGGAACUACCGAGGCUACACGUCAGAGAUCCAGAUGAUGACUCUACCUCAUACACAGUACGUCAUAGCUGAAGCCAGCACCCCGGUGUCUGGAGUCGGUAGCAACCAGGUGAAAACGACACACUACGUCAUCUCCGAGGGUCAGACUGAUCUGGAGACCAAACAAGCCGCUCCUCAGAGCGCCGCCCAAACCGAGCACCUGGAGCAGCAGCCGGUGACGCAGCAGUACAUCAUCACCACAACCACCAACGGCAGCGGGGCCGGAGAGGUCCACAUCACCAAACCGUGACUCAGCUGCAGGCCAACAGGGCGAUUCCGCCCGGCCUCCUGAGCAGCUCCACAAAACAAACGCACUUCAGCCCCCGUGGGUGUGGAUCUGCACACGGAGGCGGGACCGAAUGGCUCUGCCCAAAUAUCAACCGAGCUGCUAGAACUUUAACGGAAAGGUCAAAUGUGAAGCUGUUGUUUUCAAAUGACAUUAACAAUGAAGAAUAAAACUAGUUUUAAAUAAAGCACUGGAAGGCA